UCCCACCCAUUAUCAUACAUCAUGCAUCCUCACAUGCACACAGUCGGCUUUAAAGAGGUGGUGUUUAUAAAGUCACGCUUUUUUGCCAUCCGGGGGUUAGUCAGCUGUCAACGCUGUCAGCUCGGAGACUGCCUGCACGAGGGGUGCGUGGUGUAGAAGGAAGUCAUGAAGGACCAGGAGCAGCCGGCCUACUGGCAGGAGACCGGGCGAUGGGCGGGCUACGAGGAGAGCUUCGACCCGCAGACGGGGGCGUGGGCGUGCUCACACAUCUCCUACCUCACCUUCAAGAGCCUCAUUCAGCUGAGACGCACCAUGAACACUGGUGUGACAGUUUUCGACUGUGAGGAGAAGACUCUGGCCACCAUCGCUGAGAAGAUGGUUGGAGAGAUGGUUAGCAAGAAGGAGAUCAGGUCGGGAGACAAGGAAGGCGUGCUGAAGUCUCUGCUCCAAAACCGCAGCCAAUCAACUGACCCAGAGAGCCAAAUGCUGACAGGAAUGGAUUUGCACAAGUUUUCAGUCAAGGAACGGAGGGAUGAAAGCGAUCGUGUUGAGGCUUCAAUGGUGCUAGUAGGAGCUCUGGACUUUCUGGAGAAACCCACAGUGGCCUUCGUCCGCCUGAAGGAGGCCACGGUGCUGGACUCAGCCUUGGAGGCCCCGGUCCCCGUGCGCUUCGUUUUUGUUCUAGUUGGCCCCAGCAACUCUGACAUGGACUACCACGAGACCGGACGUGCUAUGGCAGCACUGAUGGCUGAUAGAGAAUUUAAUCAGGCUGCAAUUCGGGCAAAGAGCAGCAGAGAGCUGGUAGAUGGCAUCGUGGACUUCAUGGACUGCAGCAUUGUCAUUCCACCUACUGAGAUCCAGAAUGAAGCGAUGCUCAGUUCGAUCAUCAACUUUCAGAAGAAAUUACUGCAGUCCAGACUACAGACUCCCAACCCUGCGUUCGGCCGGGAUUCCAAAACUCGUAGGGUUUCCAUUGCUAGCAAGUCUUCGGUUGAAGAUCCCCUAUCUCGCACGGGUCAACCAUUUGGUGGGAUGAUUCGAGACAUGAGGAGACGCUACCAAUACUAUAAGAGUGAUAUCAAAGAUGCACUGAACGCGCAGGUCCUUGCUGCUAUUAUCUUCAUCUACUUCGCUGCCCUGUCCCCUGCCAUCACUUUUGGAGGACUUCUGGCCGACAAGGUGGACAAUAUGAUGGGUGUUUCAGAGCUUCUCAUUUCCACCAGCAUUCAGGGGAUCAUCUUCUGCUUUGUUGCUGCUCAGCCCAUCCUUGUCAUUGGUUUCUCUGGUCCUCUUUUAGUGUUCGAGGAGGCAUUCUUUGCAUUCUGCAAGUCCCAGGAUAUUGAAUAUAUUGUUGGAAGGGUGUGGGUCGGACUGUGGCUGGUCAUCAUUGUGGUGGUCAUUGUGGCCUUUGAAGGAAGCUUCCUAGUGCGUUUCAUCUCACGUUUCACCCAGGAGAUCUUCUCCAUCCUCAUCUCCAUCAUUUUCAUCUAUGAAACUUUUUCCAAAUUGGGAAGGAUCUUCAAGUCACAUCCGCUGAUUCUAAAUUACGAUCCUGUUAAUGAAACUUUAGAAAAUCCCUGGCACCCAAAGGUGGAGGAGACAGUCAUAUAUGACAAUGGCACCGGCAACUUUACUCAUAUCGUCAAAACAAUAAAGCCCCCUUACCCCAACACAGCCCUGUUGUCCAUGUGCCUCAUGCUUGGCUGUUUUUUUAUCGCCUACUUCCUGCGCCAGUUCAAGAACGGGACAUUUCUUCCAGGAAAGGUCAGGCGAUUGAUCGGGGACUUUGGUGUCCCUAUUGCGAUCUUUCUCAUGAUUGUUGUGGACUACAACAUUGAAGACACCUACACCCAAAAACUGGUUGUUCCCAAAGGUCUGAUGGUGUCCAACCCAGCAAAGAGAGGCUGGCUCAUCAACCCCUUCGGAGAGCACCAGACCUUCCCUGUCUGGUUGAUGUUCGCAUGCUGCAUACCAGCCAUGCUUGUUUUCAUUCUCAUCUUUCUGGAGUCUCAGAUCACAACUCUGAUCAUCAGUAAGCCUGAGAGGAAGAUGGUCAAAGGUUCUGGGUUUCACUAUGACUUGCUGGUUUUAGUCAGCAUGGGAGGGCUCAGUGCGAUCUUUGGCGUGCCGUGGCUCAGUGCAGCUACAGUGCGAACUGUCACCCACGCCAACGCCCUCACCGUCAUGAGCAAAGGACCAAAACCUGUGAUAGAGAAAGUGCUGGAGCAGAGGAUCAGCGGCAUUGUAGUGGCGUUGCUUGUUGGUCUAUCAAUUCUGAUGGAGCCGAUCCUAAAACUGAUUCCCAUGUCAGCCUUGUUUGGGAUCUUCCUCUACAUGGGAGUCACAUCUUUAAAUGGCAUUCAGCUGUGGGACCGUGUGUUGCUUCUUCUCAUCCCAAAGAAAUAUCACCCCGAUGAACCUUAUGCCACCAAAGUGAGCACAGGACGAAUGCACUUGUUUACAGCCAUUCAGGUAGUGUGCCUUGCAACUUUGUGGAUUGUGAAGUCCAGUGCAAUAUCCCUUGCACUUCCCUUCGUCCUCAUCCUCACCAUCCCCCUGCGCAUGUUAAUGACCGGCCGUCUCUUCACUGAAAUGGAAAUGAAAUGUCUGGAUGCUGAUGAUGCGAAAGUGACGUUCGAGGAGGAGCCUGGGCAGGAUGUGUACUGUGAAACUCAGAUGCCGUUGUAGACGUCCUCCAUGACAGCUGCUGACAUUUUUAUAUUUCAACAUGCAAUAUUUAUUUUUGUUUUAAGGCUGAAAUUAAAAGUAGAUUCCUUUUUUAAAG